AUGUCUGCAAACGAGGAAAAAAGUGAGUUUAAGGACGAUAAAGUCAUUACAGAACCUACAGAAUCGGAAAAUAACGAACAGGAUACAAAGCCUAAGCAACUCAAAUAUGACGACGGUUUUUCGGAAUUAGAAGACGAGGAACCACGAAAACGCAGAGUGAAGGCUGGCAAUAAAGUAAAGAGAACAAGGAAACCUAAAAAUGAAAAAUCAACGCGUAAAACAUCAAAGACUGACAGUAACGAAGACGCGGGCUCCAAUUUGGACAAUGAUGAAAUAAAGAACAAAGAAGAUGAAGAAUCAUCGUUAACGCGUAAAAUAUUAAAGACCGAUAAUAAAGAAGAUGCGGGCUCCAAUUUGGACGACGAUGAAGCAGUAGAUAAAGAAGAGAGUAAGGAAUCUCGAAAAAGAAAGAGUAAAUCUAAAGCUGCUAGUAAAUCAAAAAGACGUAAGAAGGCUAUAAUCGAAUAUGAACGCGAUGACGGGGCCGAAGAUUACCAGCCAAGUGAUGAGGAUGAAGACGAACCUGUCACAAAACAUGCAAUUCAAAAAUCUAAAGGAGUGCAGAUUGAUGAUAACGAGGAGUUAAACAAAUUGAAAAAGUUGGUUUCAAAAUGCGGCGUACGAAAAGUGUGGUCAAAAGAGCUGGCCAAUUUGGAAUUAGACGAAAAAAUCACCAAAGUAAAAUCUAUUCUGGUGGAUUUAGGCGUGAAAGGAGAACCAACUGAAGCGAAAUGUCUUAAAGUGCGAAAAGCUAGAGAACUUCAAUCAGAAUUGAAGGAAAUAAGCAAGGUUAAUAUAGUUUCUGAUGAAACGAAAGAAUCAAGACGAGCAAGAGCAUCAAGAGGAAUUACUAGUGCUACUGUUGGUCGUAGAAUAUAG